AUCAGAUUUGUUUUCACGACAGUGCAACGAAGCGGUGUUCUGCACUGUAAMGAUCACCCCACCGAAUCUAAUUUGCAAUGGCACAUUACGUUGGUUCUCUCCUAGGUCGAGGCUGUCGAACUAGGGGGCUUUUUGAUAGCCGGCGUUUGCGGGGGGGUUCGAGUACUUCGUCGGCGUUGUUUUCGUCGCUCAGUAGCAAGCUAGAGAACCCCGGAAAGCUCGUUGCGGGAUUGACGCCAGAGGAGGUAGAAGCGAAUCCCGAAAUAGCCGAAUAUCUGCGAUCCAACUUUGGAGACGAAGUUACAAACGCGGAUGGAGAGAUAACCAGUGGCAUCAACAUUCCACCUGAACUUCUUCGGGAAUUUGGAAUUGAAGAUCGCUCCGAUGAUAAUGUGCCAGAGAAAAAAUACGGCGAGCCUCGUGUGGAUGCUGGGCUUGGUAGUGCUGAACAGCAAAGCUUAAAUAUCCGAGUUUUAAAAACUUACGUGAGGUCCGAAGAAGGGUCGAAAGCAUGCCGGCGUCUUCGAUACAAUAACAUCAUACCAGGCAUUCUAUUUGGGGGAGACCCUAAUUUAWAUAUCUCAUCAUCGAACCAUUCUGCAAAGACUCUUGUGAAAACCCCUUGGCCGGAGCUUCAGCGUGAGUUGGAUAGAUAUCAUCGGCAAUUCGAAAGCCGUGUUUAUGAUUUGACAGUAUUGGAGAACGAGAGUGACACAGAAGGUACAGUUCACCGCRUCGUCCCAAGUAGCGUACAGUGGCAUCCUGUACAAGGUAGCAUCUUUUGUGCAAACUUUGUUCGGUAUCAUGCGGGCCGACCACUGAAAAUUCCAGUGAAGUAUAUUAACAAAGAAGAGAGCCCGGCACUGAAAAGAGAUGGUUACAUCAUUCCCGUCAAAAAACACAUCGAAUGCUUUGUAGAAGAAGGGGUUCCCAUACCAGAUGCCUUGGAAGUCGAAUGCACAGGACUGCAAGUGAAAGAUAUCAUUCGAAUGGAUCGAGUUAUAUUUCCCGACGGUGUCAAGCAUACUGACCGCUUAGAUAUCAAAAAUUUYGUCAUUGGUCCCGUAAGAGGAGGCAGAGGAGCUGCCACGGGUAGCGGUGGUGAUGAUGAAAGCGAAGAAGCUGAYCCACAGUAGAGAUAAUGAAAUUGAGAAACAUCACUUCAUUGCAUCGUAUCAAAUAACAAAAUGAUAAAGUUAUGGGGCAAUC